GAACUACAGAAGAACAGCCAGCUGAGCGCCCUGGCUGACAUGGUGAAGCAGCUGCCCAGCUCAGGGAGCAAGAGGAAGCAGCAGCAGCUGGAGCAGGAGCAGCCCCUGUGUGAGCAGCACCAGCAGGUGCUCAGCCUGUUCUGUGAGCAGGACCUGCAGCUGGUGUGUGCCCAGUGCAGGGUGUCCUGUGAGCAGCAGGGUCACCCCAUCACUCCCACUGAGAAGGCUGCUGCUCAGCACAGGAAGAAACUCAGAUCCCACCUGCAGAUCCUGAAGAAGCAACUGGACGAUGCUCACAAGGGAUUAGAUAUGCAAGACAAAGAAAGACGUGAAUUCAGAGAGAAGGUGACAAUUCAACGAACUUUAAUAUUUUGGCAAUUCAAAGAUUACAAGUCUUUCUUGAGAAACCUUCAGCAUAAGUAUGACAGUUGGCUACUAGAAGAAAUGACGAAUGUUUCCCAAAAGAUGACUGAGAGCAGAGACCAGCUGUCAGCCUUUGGCUCCUCAGUGAAGACUCUGCUGAGGGAUCUCACAGACAUGUCUGAGCAGAGAGACCUGCAGCUCCUGCUGAGGGCCAGAAGACUCCAGCACCUGCUGAGCAGCUGUGAAGAGUUGGAAGUCCCAGAAGGCUUUUCCCACACAUCUAAGGAAGAGUUCCCCACUAUCCUCUCUCAUUGUCUUGAUCUUCAGAGUGCCAGCAAGUUUCAGGUGGGUUUGACACUAGACCCUGAGACUGCUCAGCAAAAUAUCAUCAUCAGUGAAGAUAGGAAAAAGGUUCUGUUUGAGGGUAAAUUGAUGGUCUCCACCCCUGCUCCCAGCCCCAAGGCUUUUACUUCUCACCCAGCUGUCCUGAGCUCUGAGGGCUUUGAAGCUGGCAGGCAUUUUUGGGUGGUAGAAAUCACAGGCACAGGUGUGUGUUUCCUGGGUGUCUGCAAAGAGUCUUUCCCCAGGCAGGUGCUGAUGCCACAUUGCCCAAGCAAUGGCUGCUGGAAAAUGCGACUGUCCAUUGGGACUCACCUCAAAUCCAGCAAAAUGAAAGAGACCAUUGGCAUUUUCCUGGACUACGAACUAGGAGAG